GGGUACCAUUAGAAAACAAGAUUCAUCUGAUGUAACGUCCAAGGGAUGAUUUUUGAAAAACAAUAGUUCAGAGAAAAAACAAAGAGGGGAAUGAUCUUCCAGAGUUUUUAAGUUUUCCACACGCCCACAAGAAAGAAAGUGCGUGCUGGGCGGGUUUUGGUGCCAUUGGAGUGCGGAUGCGGCUAUUGCUUGCUGGAUCCGCAUUUCUGGGCGUGCUGCUUUUGCAGACGUUAUUUUUUUUGGGUGCGCGUUGCAAGGUCGGUGGCAAACGUCGGAGGUGAAAGGUGAACUGCUGGUGCAGAUGUUGGUAGUGCUGGUCCCUGGCAUGACAUGAUGUCAUCUGACAUGACAUGAUGUUCAGACGGUGUCAUGCUGUGUCUCUUUACAAGUCCGCCUGUCACUUUUCACCGACCUUGCGCGAGGUGAGGUUCCGACCUUGCGCACUAAAGAAGAAAAUGCACCAUUCAUGUCAUGCCAAGAUGAAAUCGCAUUGCUGUGCUGGGGAUGGUUUUACUUUCUCGUUUUGCUUGUCCACUGGGUUUGCUCAGCGAUGCGAGGUGGCGGCACUGGCUGGAAAAGAACAUGGUUCCAGAGUUUGUUUUUGGAAAAGAGUCCUUGAAGACGCAGUGCAAGCAUGUCUUUUUUCCUCAGGGCGCGCGGAGUGAGGUCCAGCCUCUCAUUUCGCAGAAAAAUGUGGAAGAAGGCGCAAGAGACAGGUGAAACAAAAGAGAAAGUGAAACUAAGGCCCGGGAAGACACCAUGCAAGCAUGGCAAACUGAAAGAGCCAGCCAAUCAAUUUUGAGGCAGAAACUGUGUCGAAUUCCUUUGGAUCCUUUGUUUGUGGUCUCUUGAGGUGGCCCACACCAUGAACUGAGUUCGGAAGCCUCUCCAGGAUCCAAGGUUUUCUUGUUUUCCUUUGCGCGGCGUGCUUUGUUCUGGUGUUUGAGGUGUGCUGGCAGUUGCCUGCAAUUGUGCACGGUUCUUGUUCAUUUUUGCCACGUCCAUGUCCCCAGCGCAGAUGAUUCAUCCCUAGCAGUUGUUCUUGAGCUGAUCGAUCAAAUCGAUACCUAUGCGCGAUGAACCUGUGGGGGCAAAGUGGGGAAGUUGGUCUUGGAAUCUUCGACCGUGUUGUUGUUCAUGUGCAACAUAAUCCACAGUUUCUUUUUUCCGCGCCCGAAAUAGAAAAACAUGACCUGCAACAUGUUCAGGCUGUCGUUCUUCGAUCAUGUAGUUUUCCAUUCGCGUGUGUGCGAAAAACAACAUAGUUCGACUCCGGAUGCUUUAUUUUUGCAGUGAAAACUUGUGAAUCCCGGCUAGGUUUAAGAAUGUUUAAGACAUCUCCCCAAAAAGUGUCAGAAUGAGUGCUUUAUCAAUGUUUGUAAUCAAUGUAUGUUGUUGGUGGCUUUUGGAAAUCAAUGUAUGCUGGUGGUGGCUUUCACUGAAAACAAACUGACACAAUGUUCAGUGCCUGUCAAAGCGUGUUUCCAAGGAAGAACGCCUAAAUUGCAACUCACCAUGAACUGACGGUAGUUUUUGAGCACGGUCAGUCUUGCGUGCGUUUUCGUUUUUGCACUUGGAAUUUUGCAUGACGAGUUGUUGUAAUUGCAUGAAACCACGGCUGCAGAGAAAGGUAGGCGUGCAUGGCCACAGCGAUUCUGCAUGGCCAAGAUAUUUUUUUGGCGCGGUGACUGUGACUGAGCUGGGUUAAAUCGACCCAACAUGCGAUCGAACUGUCUGCCUUGCGCACUUUGUUUAAGUCUUGUGCCCUUGUUCUCGUGGCACGAUGCGCUUGGCCAAACUACAAGUCCUGCCACUUGUUUGGAAAAGACAGAGCUUGAAAUACAGAGAGCGCCAGACAGGAAAAACAUGAGGGUUACCACGAGUCAUCUUUACAAGCGCCAUUUGGCAAGAUAUUUCUGUCCAAUUGCUGCCAAUUGGACGGUGCUGGAAUUGGGGGUGUACCAUGGUCACACCACCUCUGUGUUAGCUGCUAUAUUUCGCAGAGUUUUCUCAGUGGACAUCAAAGAGGAAUUUUUGCAGGUGGCUGCUGCUCAUACCAAACAUCAUUCCAAUAUCGUUUUUUUGUCCGCCGAUUCCCUGUCCGAUUCGUGGGCUUCCUUCAGGAACAACCACGUUGAUGUUGUUGUGAUUGAUGCAGAUCACACAUACGACUAUGUACAUGCUGAUACCUUGAACUCUCUGCGGCAUUUGCAGCCACUGACCCACCUUGUAUUUGAUGACUUUAACAGUGAAGUUGGGGUGCAACGUGCGAUCGAAGAGUUUCAAUCCACCGGUGCUUUGGUGGAUUGCCAAGGCAUCGGCACCGGUUGGAAUGGAAGCGCGACCAAACUCAUCAGUUGGAAUGGACUCGAGGGCAUCCACAGCGAGGAGAAAACGGUGUGGACCACGAAGUCGGAAGGCAUGCUCUGCCGCAAAGGCGUGCCAGACGGCGUUCCGCGAGACUUGGCGCCGGUGUUUGUGGAUCGACGCUUCUUUCUGUACGAGUUGCCGCUGACCUUUCCAACGCCCGUGGGCGUGUUUCGCUUCCUGCCUCACGGGGGCCUAGUGGUCUCGAAGCGAGGCAAAGGCAAAUGGAAGAUGCUGGAUGACCAGAACUUGAAGCUUGAGAUUCCAGGUCUUUCUGAGCCGGAACUGCUCUUCAACUUGGACCGAACGGCAUUUGUCAUGUCCGAGGCUAAAGGUGCUAAGACCCGUUGGUAUGGUAUUCGUGAUCAUUUAAUGUUUCGACCUUUCAACAUGGCCGACCAGCGCUUCGCUUAAGCAGGGCUCAGGAACUGCGUCUUUUUCGCUGGACCUGCAUGAGGUGGAGAUCCUCUCCAGUGAUUGACCAGGGCAGAAAACCCCUCAACCUCACCACCAACUUGGAAGAACUGCUUCAAACGAUAAGCCGAAGAUGCAGAGCCUCCAUACUGACAGCGAUUGCUGCGAUGCUUUGGAGUAGCCUUCGUAGCCGACACCUGACACAUGGUCAAGGGCCGAUCUCGCGAGACCUGCAGACCUCUGCGAAACAAAAAAGGCGGGACCCAAGUUGCACGAGCCAGCACGGCGGUCGCAGUCGCGAGCUUGUCGGCACAAAAUCACAUCUUUUUUCCUCUUCUUCAGGAACAUGUAUCUCGCAGAGUUGCUCUC